CGAGGAGUACAACGAGCAAAUCAGGUUGGAGCGAGCUUGAUGGAUCAAAAUCACCCGAUCCACGACAGAGACCAGGAGAGUACAACCUUGUUACAUCUAUACCACGGGAAGAGGUUGUCUGAAGGCCGAGAAAGGGCAAAUGGCAAAGGCAAGGAAAAGGUCAGUUCCCUCUUUCGCCACCAUGAUUAUCUCUGAUUCUGAUUCAGCUUCCCCGUCGUCCAAUUCUCGCCAAGCCGAUCAAUCGGCCUCUGGCCAUGACUUAGGUCAGACUCAAUCGUCUCAGCCAUUGCCGGCGGCAGUGCCUGGCCAAAAGCGGCGCCGGUUGAGGAAGCAAUUUCCUCCCUCGACCCCAGCGCAGGAGGGCUCGAGGGUUAAGCUGGAUGAGAACAUCAUGGCGUUGUGCCAUUACCAAAUCACUGACCGGGGGUUCGCUGAUGCCACUAACAUGGUCGGAUCCUCUAUUGAAGUCCUAAGGCCCACUAGCACCCAGACCGCCUUGGAUGCCCCUUCAGGGUUUUUUACAGUUCACCUGGCAUCUCUGAAGAAGGGGCUGUGGUUUCCUCUCCACUCGUUGUUGAUUGAGUUCCUCAACGAGGUGGACCUCCUUCCUUGCCAAUUGGUCCCCAAUUCUCACCGGUACAUCAUCGGUUACCUGGUCAGAUGCAUGAAGGUAGGGGUAAAACCUACGCUUGACCACUUCCUGUUUACCUUCAAACUGACCAAAGGUCAUGGGGAUUGGGCGUCUUAUGCCAGCCUUUCCCAACGGGCUCCCAUCCUUUCGUCGCGUUUCGUGUCCCCAUCCAACGCCACCCUUCUGUCCAUCACCCGGAAACUCUGCGCCCAAGGGGCCGUCGAGAUUAAGAAGGUGGUGACUGAGGAGUCUCUGGCGGCGCUAGGGUUUGAGUUUGUCCAAGACGAGCAUCGCCAUCAGCCUGACCUGCUAAGGGGCGCUCCCGGGGGAAGCGUUGACUGUGGCCCCUUUGACCGCCAAGCGGUCAUGGAUGAGGCGAGGAAGGCUGCAGAAGAUAAGCAGAGGGAGCUGCAAGAGGAGGUCGCUCGCCUCGCAAGAGAGUUGGAGGAGGAGAAAGGUCACUCUGCCGCCCUUGAGACAAAGAACGCCUCCUUGUCUUCUGAAGUGGGAUCCGUUUCUGCCCGCGUAGCUGAGUUGGAAGGGGAGAAAGCCGAUCUGAUCCAACAGUUGGACGCUGAGAGGAGCGACCAGGCCCGUCGCCGGGAGGAGGCGAUCGAAUCCUUCAAGUCAUCUCCCGACUUUGCUGCAGUCGCUAUGGGACGGAUGGACAAGCUGGUGGUCGAGUGGCUUGACACCGAGCCCGGUGUCCAAUGGAUGGUCAAGGAAGCAAAGUAGUCCUUCAACUGCGGAAUUUUCCGCGCCCAACAGCUUGGGCCUAACUUCUAUCUCUGGCCCAACUGCACGUCUAGGCCCAGCCUCGGGACUAGUUGCCGU